UGAUAUUGGAGUUAUAUUAGUUCAAAGUCCCUAUUAACAACUAAGAUUUGUUUUAAAGGAAUGUACUGGGUAGCUUCAACCCCCACAACUUUCUUUAUCCUAUUCUUAUUUCAAUUUUUUUUUUUUUUUUUCUAUUAGAGAUCAUCACUUAACUGCAAUACCAUCACCUUAAAUUGUUUGAUUGAUAGAGACACCAUUUAAAAUACUACUGUAGUCUCUGCAAGGAAAAAAAUGAAAUGGUUUAUGUUGGGUCUCCGUUCUAGCCUUACAACCUUGCAAGAGAAAGAACUCAAGAAUUUCCAAUUGAGGUUGUCCAUGAAUGGUUGAAGUAGGCGUUUCAAGGCUUUUAGUCUGUAAUAAGGUAGUAUCAAGGUUGUUAAGAUCGCGAUCCGAAUCGUAGGAUCGUACAAUUCUACGAUCCAUUUUUGGAGAAUCAAUCUGAAUUGUAUGAUAAAUCGCAUUUUGUUUAGGAUCGUAAUAGGAUCGGUGGGGUCGUAGGAUCGUAUUCGGAUCGCGAUCCUCCUACUUUUGGCCAUUUUUGUCAUAUUUUUAAUACAGGUUUGAUGCCUUCUCACUUUUCUAAUGACCCACGACAUAAGAUUAGGGCAAAAGAUUGGGGAAAGUUAGUCACGAGAGCUGAUAGCAGACAACGAAAGCAGCAGUGAGAAGAAUCCAUCCAGCCUCCAUCCAGUGAUACAUAGAGAGAUGGAUCCAAAUUCAGUUAAAUCGACUCUAUCUAAUUUAGCAUUUGGAAAUGUUAUGGCAGCAGCAGCUCGUGAUUAUCAAAAGGAAGUUUUAGCUCAAGAGAAGGGACAUGCUUCUACAUCUAUUAAUCAGGAUGUUGAUCUUGAUGACUUGAUGGAUGAUCCCGAGCUGGAAAAAUUGCAUGCAGAUAGGAUUGCUGCUCUAAAGAAAGAAGCUGAGAAGCGACAAGCAUUGAAGAAGCAAGGGCAUGGAGAGUAUAGGGAGAUUACUGAAGGGGACUUCUUGGGUGAAGUCACCGGAAGUGAAAAAGUAAUCUGCCACUUCUACCAUCAGGAGUUUUACCGAUGCAAGAUAAUGGACAAGCAUUUGAAAUCACUUGCACCAAAGCAUAUUGAUUGCAAAUUCGUCAAGCUAGAUGCAGAGAAUGCGCCUUUCUUUGUUUCCAAACUUGCAAUCAAAACUUUGCCUUGCGUCAUCUUGUUCAGAAAUGGAAUUGCAGUAGAUAGGCUGGUCGGGUUUCAAGACUUGGGAGGAAAAGAUGAUUUCACCACAAAGGCACUUCAGAAUCUACUAAUAAAAAAAGGUAUAAUUAGUGAGAGUAAAGGGGAUGAAGAAGACGAGGAAGACGAUUAUCACGAAAACAAGAGCAGGGCAGUAAGAUCCUCUACGGGUUUUGGUUCUGAUUCUGACUGAAGAAAAGGGAAACUUCUGUUAUUUACUUGGAUUAUUAGUUUGCCUUUUUAAUGUUGUUAUUGCAGAAGUUUUGUCAUAUUUGUACAUCUUUAUUACCACUUCAGACCUCUUCUUUUUUCUUAUGUGGAAGAGAAUGAAAUUUGGAUCUCCAAUCCUUGAAACACGGUACAAAUUUCAAGGAAGUUCAAAUUAAACAGUAA